GCCAUCGGUGCACAGUACAGUCUAAAAUCCUCGAAUAAUGCGGUAAAGAGAGCGUCACCCCUUUGCUUCUUUUACCCUAAAAUCUUUGGAUGCACUCCUUCACUUUUAGAAACGGCGGAUGAAGUUAACUCGAAUCUCUGGAUUCGAACCAAUCGCGCGGAACGACGUCCGGAACGACGUCCUUCGUGAUGUAUCACUCCGUAAGACGACCUCGAUGAGCAGCUGAACUAUGGCCACCGAGCCUCCACUUGCCUUUUACCAAUCACGGGUGCUUCUUAUUCUCAUAGCGACUGAAUUGGUCGAGCGCCGAACCGUCGCUCUAGCUCGAGCGCUCUCUCUCGAGGAAGCGAGCGCACGCGAUCUCCAACUCGCUUUCAGGCAAGACAAGCUCACCUCGAGGCAGCUGACUAAGUUCUACCUCUACCGGAUUCGGAGGCUCAACCCGCUCCUCAGAGGGGUCACAGAGGUGAACCCAGAUGCACUGCGCCAAGCUGAUAGAGCGGACCGAGAGCGUAAGGCGAAGCCACAUGGCUUGCUCCCUGUCUUGCACGGGAUCCCUAUACUGCUCAAGGAUAACAUAGCCACCAAAGACAAGAUGAACACCACGGCGGGCUCAUUCGCACUUCUCGGGUCGGUUGUGCCUCGUGAUGCUGGUGUGGUGGCUCGGCUGAGGAGCGCUGGAACUGUGUUGUUGGGAAAGGCGAGCUUAAGCGAGUGGGCUCACUAUCGUUUUUCUGGUGGACACAGUGGAUGGUGUGCCAGGAGCGGUCAGGGAAAGAAUCCAUACAAUCUAUCAGCGGAUCCUUGGGGGUCAAGUAGUGGGUCGGCCAUAUCCGUGGCAGCGAACAUGGGGGCGGUGUCGUUGGGAACAGAGACGGACGGCUCAAUCUUGGGUCCCUCCAGUUCUAACUCAGUGGUGGGCGUCAAACCCACCGUUGGCUUGACGAGCCGAAGUGGGGUGGUCCCACUCGCUCCCAGACAAGACACUGUUGGGCCAAUAUGCAGGACAGUUGCAGAUGCCGUCAAUGUCCUCGAUGUCAUUGUAGGAUUUGAUCCUUAUGAUGCCGAAGCUACGAGAGAAGCAUCAAAGUACAUCCCGAGAGGGGGCUACAACCAAUUUCUUAAAGCCGAUGGGCUCAGAGGCAAGAGACUUGGAAUCGUUAGAAAACUUUACUACUCUCGCUCUGGAUCUCAGGUCGCCAAAGCAUUUGAGAGCCAUCUUAACACACUGAGGAAACAGGGUGCAGUAUUGUUGGACCACUUGGAACUAGCCAACAUCGAUGAAAUUUUUUAUGAUAGUGGUGAAGAUGCAGCGAUGUCAGCGGAGUUCAAGCUAGCCCUGAAUACUUACCUUCAAGAUUUGGUCAUCUCACCAGUCCGAUCCCUCACAGAUGUCAUUGAAUUCAACAACAAGCACAAGCACGUGGAGAAGAUCAAUGAGUUUGGACAGGAUUUGUUCCUCACAGCGCAAGCCACAAAUGGGAUCGACGAGGCUGUGAAAUCAGCAUGGCGAAACAUGGACAGAUUGAGCCGAGACGGGCUUGAGAAGCUGAUGAAGCAGAACCAGUUGGAUGCAUUGGUGACUCCUCGUCAUCUAAUCAGCCAGGUUCUUGCGAUCGGAGGAUUCCCAGGAAUAAACGUGCCCGCUGGGUAUGACCAGGAAGGAGUGCCCUUUGGGAUUUGCUUCGGGGGCUUGAGAGGCUCUGAGCCUACCCUCAUUGAAAUCGCUUAUGGGUUCGAGCAAGCCACCAAGAUCAGGAGGCCACCUUCGUUCAUGCAGGGAUCGCGAUGAUAUUCAAGUUGAUAAAUAUGUAUCUCAGUCCCGACUCUUGCAUGUGUGGUAGCUUCUCUGUUUGAAUUAGUGUGAAUGUGAUGAAUUCUGCAAUUCAAGCAUGCACUAGAGGAUUGAUUCGGCGAUACAA